UUUGCCAAUUCUCGACCACCGUAAUCAUCGGCGGGAGAUUUCAAAUAACAAUUCGUCUGUUGCUAUGGUUUGGACACGAACAACUAAACCAAGAAGAGGGUCGUUGACGGCUUCGUUGCAAGAUGACAAGCGUGGGAGAUCCAAUGGUUUGGAUUCCGAGUCCGAGGUUUUCGAAAAGCUAUGCCGUGUUCGGGAGUGUGACGCGAAUAAGAAACAGUUGAGGUCGUUGGGUUCUUACUUUGGAAGGCUUCAAGGUGGUGGGAGUAAGAGAAAAAUGGUUCCUUUGAAGAAGAAGGUAGAGGUGGUUGAUACGGGUCAGUUCGAGGCAAAGAAAGAGCUCGAGUUGCUUGACGCUUAUUUUGAAAAAGUUGAUAAUGAUGCAUGCAUGCAUAACCAUGCGACCUAUAAUUUUGGAGGACAACAUAAAAGCAAAUCGGUCGUAUUCACGUCGUUUCCUCUUGAAGAUCACGAAAGAGACGACGAGACACAAAUACGACAUGACAAACUUGAUGAUAUGAUUACGAGAAGCAUGCCAAGAACAACUCAACUACAAGAAGAUGAAGUUUCUGAUCUCUACUUAAUAAGUGGUCUGGUUUCAGUAAACAUAGGUGUUUUCUUGUUUGAAGUAGCAAGUCCAGUAAAAAGCUCAGGGCUGCCACUCUUUUCACUCCCUUCUCUAUAUGGAGCAAAGAUAAAUGAGUUGAUCCUAGUAGGAGAAUGGUGGAGGCUUGUGACACCUAUGUUUCUGCAUUCAGGAGCUGUUCAUGUUGCUCUCAGUUGUUGGACAUUGGUUACAUUUGGCCGUCAAGUUUGUAGAGACUAUGGCCCCUUUACAUUUUUCUUGAUCUAUGUCUUAGGAGGAGUUUCUGGCAAUCUCACAAGCUUUCUCCAUACUCCCGAGCCGACUAUCGGUGGAACGGGGCCUGUGUUUGCCAUGAUUGGAGCUUGGCUAAGUUACCAAUUCCAAAACAAAGAUGUGGUUGCAAAGGAUGUUUUAGACAGCAUGUUUUUGAAGGCAAUAUUUGUAGCUGUCGUCAGUUCCAUUUUGAGCAAUAUUGGGCCAAUUGAUGAAUGGACUCACACAGGAGCAGCUUUCAGUGGAAUGCUAUAUGGGUUGUUAACAUGCCCAGUUGUGGAGGUGAAUGAUGCUGGUUCUUCUUCAUAUUCUGCAUCAACUUCUUCAAGGAGAGGCCAAGAAAAGGGAAUCAAACUUGUUAGGAAGUAUGCUGAUCCUCGCAAAUCAUUGGCUUUUUUUGCUCUGUUUAUCAUGGGAUUCACAAGUUUGCUCUUCCUUAUUCAGCCUCCUGCCACCACAUUGCCCUUAUAAGGCUUUUGAUUGGGGCUUUGAGAGGAAAUUUCUUCCCAAAAUGUUGCCAAGAUAUCAAGUUUAUAGUAUAGUUUGCCUCUUGUUAAGCUUAGCUUA